ACCGUGCUUUGGGGGCAGGCUCCUCGCUGCAAGCUGUGCAGUGGCAGCCCUGUGGUGCGGCCCACGCGGCAUCUCUUCCUUGACCUGCCCAAGCUGGAGGAGCGGCUGCAGCCGUGGCUGGAGAAGAGCUGGGCUGCGGGGAACUGGACGGCCAACGCGCGCUACAUCACGCGCUCCUGGAUCCGCGAUGGGCUGCGGCCGCGCUGCAUCACACGGGACCUGCAGUGGGGGACGCCUGUGCCUCUGGACGGCUUCAGGGACAAGGUGUUCUACGUGUGGUUCGACGCCCCCAUCGGCUACCUGUCCAUCACUGCCAACUACACGGAGCACUGGGAGCGCUGGUGGAAGAACCCGCAGCAGGUGGAGCUGUACAACUUCAUGGCCAAGGACAACGUGCCUUUCCACAGCGUUGUGUUCCCCUGCUCGCUGCUGGGCGCCGACGACAAUUACACGCUGGUGAACCACCUCAUUGCCACAGAGUACCUGAACUACGAGGACGGGAAGUUCUCCAAGAGCCGCGGCGUGGGGGUGUUUGGGGACAUGGCCAAGGACACGGGCAUCGCCGCCGACGUCUGGCGCUUCUACCUGCUGUACGUGCGGCCCGAGGGCCAGGACAGCGCCUUCUCCUGGAGCGACCUCAUGCUGAAGAACAACUCGGAGCUGCUGAACAACCUGGGCAACUUCAUCAACAGAGCCGGGAUGUUUGUCUGCAAGUUCUUCGGCGGCGCGGUGCCCCCCAUGGUGCUGACGCCGGAUGACCACCGGCUCCUGGCUCGCGUCACGGCGGAGCUGCGGCAGUACCACCGGCUGCUGGAGACGGUCCGCAUCCGCGACGCCCUGCGCUGCGUCCUCAACAUCUCCCGCCACGGCAACCAAUACAUCCAGGUGAACGAGCCCUGGAAGCGCAUCAAGGGCGGCGAGGAGGACAGGCAGCGUGCCGGCACCGUGACCGGCGUGGCAGUGAACGUGGCAGCGCUGCUGGCCGUCCUGGUGCAGCCCUACAUGCCGGCCGUCGGCGCGGCCAUCGAGGCGCAGCUCUGCCUGCCCCCGGAGCGCUCGGUGCUCAGCCACGUCUUCACCUGCACGCUGCCCCCCGGCCACCGCGUGGGCACGGUGAGUCCGCUCUUCCAGAAGCUGGAGAGUGAGCGCAUCGACGCCCUCCGCAAGCGCUUCGGGGGGGGGCAGGCAAAACCCCCCCAGCAGUCAGACCCCCCCUCAGCGCCAGGCGCGGCUCCCACCCCCCCCAGCCGCAUCCAGGAGCUGAUGGAGCAGGUGGCCCAGCAGGGCGACUGCGUGCGGCAGCUGAAGGCGAGCGGGGCGGACAGAGCGCGCAUCGACGGCGAGGUGGGCAAACUGCUGGCACUGAAACGGGAGCUGGCGCUGGCUCAGAACGCGGGGAAGAAAUAACAGAGCGGGACGGCGCCGUGCCACGCGUGUAAUAAAACACAGAUGCCGUA